AUGGUUGGAAAAUUCAUGUUCGUACUUUUCGUAGUCGCCAUCUUCCAGUUGUACUCGUCUCCAGUGUCAGCCAAUCCCGCCAUCAUCACUGGAUACGACCCCAUGGAAGUGUGCAUUGAGAACUGCGCCCAGUGUAAGAAAAUGUUGGGAGCAUGGUUCGAAGGACAGCUCUGUGCGGAAUCAUGUAUUAAAUACAGAGGAAAGAUGAUCCCUGACUGUGAAAACUACGCUUCCAUUUCACCAUUUCUUAACAAACUAUAA